UCCUGGCUAGCAUCUUUCUUUUCUUUGGCACAAACCCUUUACGCUAUAUAUAUAGGUGUCCACAGAUCAUCAUUAAGAGCAAGGUGUGGCAGCUCUAUAUGUAUGUCUGUGAAAGUAAAAUUACCCAAAAAAACUAUUCUCAACCACGCCAUUGUCAAUACUCCAGAAAAUGGAAAUAUUCCAGCGAAUCCUCCUAUCAACCAGCUGUCUCCUAUUGGCGGUCUUUAUGGUGGGUUGCAGCCCCCCGGAGAACCACAUCAAAUGCUCAUCAACAAACACAAACUGUACUAUCACAAACUCGUAUGGCACUUUCCCUGAUCGCAGCAUAUGUCAAGCAGCAAACGCGGCAUACCCCACCACAGAAGAGGAGCUGAUUUCAGUAGUAGCAGCAGCGACCAGGGCCAGGAGAAAGGUGAAGGUGGCAACUCGUUAUUCUCAUAGCAUCCCUAAACUAGUUUGCCCAGAUGGCCAAAAUGGAUUGCUUAUAAGCACCGAUCACCUCAAUCGUACACUGGAAAUUGACGUUCAAUCGAUGAAAAUAAGCGUAGAAAGUGGAGUCACUCUGAGACAGCUUAUCAACGAGGCUGCCAAGGCUGGCCUUGCAUUGCCUUACUCGCCAUAUUGGUGGGGCUUGACUAUUGGUGGCCUAUUGAGCACGGGUGCGCAUGGAAGCACAUUGUGGGGAAAAGGGAGUGCAAUUCAUGAUUAUGUGGUGGCACUAACAAUUGUUAGUCCAGGAAGACCUCAAGAUGGCUAUGCUAAGGUCCGGAGGCUCAACGAGAGUAAUAGUGCUGAACUUGAUGCUGCCAAGGUCUCGCUUGGAGUUCUUGGAGUUAUUUCGAAGGUUACUCUUCAACUGCAACCCCUCUUUAAAAGAUCCAUUUCCUAUGUGGCGAAGAAAGAUACUGACCUGGGAGAUCAAGUGGCUAGCUUUGGGAGACAACAUGAGUUCGCAGACAUAACGUGGUAUCCUAGUCAAGGCAAGGCAGUCUAUCGAAUUGAUGAUCGGGUUUCUUCUAAUACCUCUGGCAAUGGCCUAUACGACUACAUCCCCUUCCGCUCUACUUCUUCUCUCGGAUUGGCCGUCGUUAGAGCGACAGAGGACGCUCAAGAAUCCUUGAAAGACCCUGAUGGGAAGUGCGUCAGCGCAAAACUAGUUACAUCCACCCUCAAGCACUUGGCUUACGGACUAACUAACAAUGGAAUAGUUUUCACGGGCUAUCCUAUAAUUGGGUACCACAAUCGCCUACAGUCGUCAGGAACUUGUCUUGAUAGCCCUGAAGAUGCAUUGAUCACGGCGUGUCCAUGGGAUUCAAGAAUUAAGGGCGAGUAUUUUUUCCAAGCCACAUUCAGUAUCAGCCUGUCAGUUGUGAAGAGCUUCAUCCAAGAUGUGCAAAAGCUCGUCAAACUGGAUCCUAGAGCAUUAUGUGGCCUGGAACAAUACAAUGGUAUCCUCAUGCGCUAUGUGAAGGCCUCAAGUGCCUACCUGGGCAAGGAAGAUGAUGCUUUGGAUUUUGAUAUUACAUUCUAUCGAAACAAAGACCCCACGAAACCUAGACUUUAUGAAGACAUACUUGAAGAGAUUGAGCAACUCGCAGUGUUUAAGUACGGAGGUUUGCCACAUUGGGGAAAGAAUAGAAACCUAGUGUUCAACGGUGCACUCAAGAAAUACAAAAAUGCUGGAGCAUUUCUGAGGGUAAAGGAGAUGUAUGAUCCAAUGGGGCUCUUUUCCAACGAGUGGACAGACCAAGUCCUCGGACUGCAAGGAGACGUGAACAUAAUAAAAGAGGGCUGUGCACUUGAAGGAUUGUGUAUAUGCUCCCAAGACAUUCAUUGCGCACCAAGCAAGGGCUAUCUCUGCAGACCAGGGAAAAUUUAUCAAGAAGCAAGGGUUUGUGAGCAUGUUAGCACUCCGGAGCAGUAACGAUGAGAAGCUAUGGAUCUGUCAUCAGCGGAUGGAUUGAUGGGUCUCUAAACUCAAAAUCAAGAGCUACUGAACACCGGUACACCGUCACAGCCUUACGUUUGACUGCUACUUUACCGUGAACAUGCACCACCAGUGCUGGAAUUGAUUGUAUAAAAUGGUAUAGUUUAAUUUUUA